AUGUAUCUCCAUUUUGUUAUUAUAAUGUCAUGUUUAGGCGUUCUUGUUCUACCUACCUAUCUAUCUAUCUAUCUAUCUAUCUAUCUUAGCCUGUUCAUAUCUAUCUCAACCUGUUCAUUAUCUAUCUAUCUAUCUAUCUAUCUAUCUAUCUUUGUCUCUUCUUUAGCUAUCUAUCUAUCGAUCUCAUGUCUCUCUCUUUCUUUCUUUCUUUUUGAAAGUCUUAUUCUUCUCACGAACUUCUUUCUUUCUUUCCAGAAUCACAUAUAUACAGCCUUUCUUUCUUUCUUUCUUUCCAGAAUCAAAUACAUACAGCCUAAAAAACAAAAAGAAAAAACAAAUCAGAAUGAAGAGACCUUAAACACUUCUAUCUACCUUUCUUUCUUUCUUUCUUUCUUUCAUUCGUUUUCUUUCUUUCUUUCAGUCCUUUUCUUUCUUUUAGAAGUUAUUUUUGCCGAAUUUCUUUCUUUUCAAUACAAAUUAUUUGUUGAUCUAGUAAGUUUGAUCCUCAUUGGGGACUACACGAAACUGCCCCAGUGCCAAAGAUGUUUUCUUUCUUUCUUUUUUUUCUAG